UNUCUCGGUGAUGCUCUUAUGCAGGGAGGUUUGAUCGGCGUCGCCGGUGAAAUGCCUGAGAGGUAUACGCAAGCUGUUGUCGCCGGAACUGCUGGCUCCGGUGUUCUUGUUUCACUAUUGAGAAUCUUGACUAAAGCUGUGUAUCCUCAAAACCCUGAUGGUUUGAGAAAGAGUGCGAAUCUAUACUUUGCUGUGGGGAUUGUUGUUAUGGUGAUCUGUGCUGUGUUGUUCAACAUAGCUCAUAGACUUCCGGUGAUCAAGUACCACGAAGAGCGUAAAAAGGAAGAGCUAAUCAAAGAGAAGAGUCAAGGAAAAGGUUCUUUAACAGGAUCAGUGUGGAGAAAAACACUCUGGGAGAUUGUGACCAAGAUUAAGUCUCAUGGUUUCGGGAUCAUUCUUCUAUACAUGGUGACGUUGUCGAUAUUCCCUGGCUACAUUACCGAGGAUGUUCAUUCCGAGCUUCUUAAUGACUGGUACCCUGUGCUACUCAUUGCAGCCUACAACGUGUUUGACUUGGUUGGCAAGUCUCUCACCGCUGUCUACAUGCUGAUGGAUGAGAAAAUCGCUGUUGGUGGUUGCAUUGCCAGGCUCUUGUUUUACCCUCUCUUCUGGGGUUGCUUACAUGGUCCGAUGUUUCUCAGGACUGAGAUUCCUGUUACUAUACUGACAUGCUUAUUGGGACUCACCAACGGGUACUUGACAAGCGUCUUGCUGAUUCUGGCUCCGAAAUCGGUUCCACUGAAACACGCAGAGACCGCAGGUAUUGUCUCUGUGAUGUUCUUGGUUAUCGGUUUGGCCGCUGGGUCUGUCAUUGCUUGGUUCUGGGUCAUCUGAUUCUACCAAAGCUUGUUAUUUGUUGUACUUGUUGUAUUCUUUGAGCAUUCCACAAACUCAGCUUCAUUUAUUCUGUGAAUCAUCAUCAUAUGUGAAAUAUUCCUUUUUACUUCAGUAAUAUGUGAAAAUUCUUUUUUUUUUUU